UCGGGCUCCGCAGCUGGCGACUUGAGUUCCGCGGCUGUUGUGACGGUUGCUGCGGCUCUGCGCCCAGGAUCCGGAUGGAGGCGGCACGGGAUCCAGGUCGGGGACUGUGCUGCAAGCCCGGGGGGCGUCUGGACAUGAGCCACGGCUUCGUACAUCACAUCCGCCGGAACCAGAUCGCUCGGGACGACUACGACAAGAAGGUGAAGCAGGCCAAAGAGAAGGCGAGGAGGCGCCACACACCCGCUCCCACGCGGCCCCGCAAGCCAGACCUGCCGGUGUACCUGCCGCGUCACCGAGAUGGCUCUGCCCACCUAGUCAACCCAGACUGUGAAGAGUCGGGGGAAAGCAGCAGUACUGGAAGCUCUGAGCUGGAGCCUUCUGGCCGCCAGCUCUUCUGCUUAGAAUAUGAGGCAGACAGUGGAGAGGUCACAUCAGUCAUUGUGUAUCAGGAUGAUGACCCCAGAAGGGUGACUGAGGAAGUAUCAGCACAUUCACCUCUGGACCCAGCCAUGCGAGAGGCCCUCAGACUGCGCAUCCAGGAAGAGCUUGCAAAGCGCCAGAGCCAACACUGACCAGCUUGAAGGCAUUCAGGCAGGACUCACUGCACUUGGCAGAAUUUUGCCCAGGGAGCUCACCUCUAGUUUGAGGGUACCAGGACCAGUCUAUAUGAUCUUCAGGGAUCCUUGUCCUCCCUCUCCAAGCUGCUGUAACCACAAGGGGGUUGCAGGACCACAUCUGGCCUACCUCCCAACAGCCAUUGUUUCUUGUGUAUUGGCCCAUUUGUCUGACCUAACAUUCUGGAAUUUUAUGGACAGUUUUGGCUAACUUGGUGUUUUGGGAGCAGAGAGUUCAAGGAGAACCAGGGCUUAUGAAACCUUUGCCCAUGUGCUGCUAUCUUGAUGAGGUUAUUUGCCAGGCCCUUUCCUGAGCCAUAUUUGAUAUUUUGUGGUUCUUUGAUGUUCUACUUUCAUCCACCCAGCUUCCCCUAGACCAGUUGUCAGUUUUCCUUUCUCCUAUCUUUUGCCAUGGGUAGAAUCCAUUUCCUCCACCCUCCCAACAUGACUGUUUCUCGACCACUCAGGAAUUUGGAAGUGGGGAUUCUGGGAGCCUGCUUUCCUACCAAGUUCUCCAAGUAAUUUUGAUGCCAAUAAAGCAGGAGAACUUUGUUUUUGAGGCCUAUUUGGGAACAUAUCUCCUUCCCCUUCCAUGACUUUCCCAAACUGCUCAUAUGCCCCACUGCUUUUGACUGUGUAGACGUCUGUGUAGGAGACCUAGGAAGAAGAUGCUGAGCUAAGCUUCAGUUAUCUGUUGAAAAACCUUCCUGCUGGGAGUGGUGAUGCACACCUUUAAUCCCAGCACUCAGGAGGUAGAAGCAGGCAGCUCCCUGUGAGUUCAAGACUAGCCUGGAACAGAGGGAGUUACAGGACAGACAGACAGGGCUCUGAAGAGAGACCCUGUCUCAAAUGGCUAGGUCUACCAAAUUCACUCCCCAGCUAUAAACAGAAUAUACCAUCUGCUCAGACUAGAGGGGAAUUAUCAAAACAAAUUUGAAAAUAACUCUCCAAUUAUGGCUUAACAGUCUUGAAUUACUGAAGUUGGGAAAGUUGACAAUAGGUAUAAUUGCCUUUGGGGGAGGUGGCCUGUAGUUGCAAAAAGAGAGUCCUAAAGAACAUAAUAGAUGAAGUGAUAUGAUCACUUCUUCACCCGAUGCUUUCCUACCUCCCCAGAUUAUAUCUGAGCAUGGUUAUGCACACUUGUAACCCCAGGGGGCCAAAGUAGGAAGAUUGCUGCAAGUUAAAGUCCAACCUAAGUUGUUUCAAGAAAAAAAAAAUGUAACUUAGGUCCUCUGGGUAAAGAUCUCCAGACAUAGCAGUUUUCCAACAGGGGACGUUUUCCAACACAAGAUUAGGCUAAGGUCUGAAGUCCACAACACAUCCUGUGCACAGGAAUUCAGAGGCACUAGGAUUUCCAGGAAAUGAGCCUAACUUGAGCAGCUUGAAAUGUGAGUUGUAAAAGAGCCUGUGAGCACAGAGACUGCCUACAACCAGACCCUCUGCCCCGGGGGUUUCUACACAAGGCUCUCAAGACCCUCAUUCUAGCGAUCAGCUCAGUAGUUUUUAAGGAUACUUAGGGGCUGCUGGGUUUUAUCCCACUCCGAUGAAAACAGAUGUAAUGGGGUUGGGCAUCUUGAUGUCAUUAAAACAGUAAGUCACAGCUUGCCAUGCAGAGGAAUUCUGGGGCAGUGAGUUAGGUGGUAAGUUAGAAGGGCCUGGUUGUGGGUGUGACUGGGGACCUAAAUGCUCUAGACCCAGAGAGCUGAUCCCAGGGUUAAGUGCCUUAAGCAUGUUGGUCCUAAGCCCAGUUCUGCUGUCAAAGGAAAGCGCCUUUCCCCUGCACUUGCGCACAUGUGCUGUCAGUGCCUUUGGACCUGCAUGGUUAAAUUCCAUCCAGAACCUCCAGGGUGAAGGAGGUUCUGCCAAACUCCAUGCUCUUCAUCCAGCAGGUCAUUUUAGUCUCCAGUUAAUCAGUCCUUUUCUGACUUGAAACACAGGAUUCACUGGAACUCUGGCUGCUUUGGGGGGUUUGCGUUCUUAGAGCUUUCUUUCCUAUUUCCUGGUUCAGUUAUUGAACUUAGAAAAAAAGACCUGAAGAGGAAUCUGAGGACCCAGCACCUAAAAAUUUGCCUCUAAUCCCAUUUCUUGGAAAAGGAAGAAAGAGAAGAACACAGCAUUCAGUGUAGUCCUUUUAUGUGUUUAUAUGAGCCUCACAAAGACCUCAGAAGGGUGACUGAUAGAAACUCCUCUCAGCCUUUUUCCCAGAAGCAUUUUGCUUAUCGGGUGUAUGAAAGAUUUUCUAGCCAAGAAAGCCUUCUUGAUUCUUAGCUUAUUUGUCCUAAAGCUGCAGACCUGCACUUAACAGAAAGCCGUCAUUCUGAGCCAGCCUGUCGGAGCUGCUGCUGUUUCUCCAGCACCCCUGAAGUGCCGGGGGCUGCGUCUUCAGCCUCAUAGCUUGGCUACGUCACUCUCAUCUCCUCUGGGGUCCAUGGUAGUACUGUUCAGUUCAUUUGGCAGACCUGCUUCUAGAUGUCUUACAGCCAUAGUGAGCUCUCAGAACUGUGCCGUGCUGUGGCACAGUAGAAGCAGUGUGCUAUAAGCAGAACUUAACAGCAACUGCUUCAGGGUCAGCACUCAUUUGAGUAGAUAAGGUCUUGGCUGUCUUUUUUUUUUUUUUUUGGUGGGAGUGGGGGAGAAUACGGGGGGCAAGGGAGGCUGGGUCAGGUAGGAGAGCACAUGCCUGUAAUUCCAGCAUCUGAGGCUGAGGUGAAAGGAUUGCCAUAUAACCAGGCAUGGUGGCAUAUACCAUUAAUCCCAGCACUUGGGAGGCAGAGACAGAAAGGUCUCUGCGUUUGAGGCCAGCCUGGUCUACAUAGCAAGUUCCAUGACAGGCCGGACUAUGUAGAGAAACCCUGUCUCAACUCCCCAUGUUAAACCCCCCUCCCAAAAAAAAAAAAGCCUUGAGUUUGAGGCUAGCUUGAACUACAGACCUUGUAUCAAACAAAAAGUCUCAUUCCUACUCUCUGUGGAAUGUUUAUUCCCCUCAGUUCUUAACUAGAAUUAAGCCCAUAUUUCACAGUUUUGUAAUUCCUGAGUCAGAGUUUAUGAAAUUCGUGAGAGAGCUGGUUUUGCAAGGGGCCUUAGGCUAUGCAAGUAGAAAUGAUAAAGCUGGAGUUGCAGCCCUCUGGCAAGCAUGAAAGUCUCUGAAGAGUAUAGUGCAGGAAGGGAAAAGAUACAAAAUGUAUAUGAUGUGAGUAGUAUAUGGUCCGCUACAGUCCAGCCAUGGUGGGUCUAGUCAAUGUGGAAGAACAUCCCAUCUCUUUGGUCAUCUGGGGUGUACUACUAACUAGAUCAACCCAGAUAGCUUGAACCCCUUUGGGGUAAGUAUGCCAACCUGCUGUGUGUUUGACAAGGUCUGAAUGGCAGGGUGGUGCUUCCCAGACAACCCAAACUUAAAUGAGACCUUUGUGUGAAGGACAGAUGACUUUCCUACCUCUGAGAUUUUGGGGAAUCUUGUGGAAUGUUGACAGUUAUUUGAAACCUUAAUUCAGUUAUAUUCCUAUCCUAUCCCUGGGAGCCCUAGGCAUCCAGCCCAGAUUUCCAUAGGAGCUGGAGUGAAACUACAAGUGAGAACUUUCUAGUAAAGGGCUCCUCUUCCCAGAGCCAACCAAACAAGAGUCUGGGAGUGGUGGUGAACAGUUGAAGAAACUCAGACAGGAGGAGCACUGUCCAUUCGAGAACUGCCUAAACUAUACAGCAAAAAACAAAGCAAAACCACAUAGGAGUGUACCAGCUGUGUGGUGCUAAACAGAAAAAGCCAUACAUUCUCAUUUCCGGUGUUUCUGUAUAAAUAAAAUGAAUUAUGAAAAUUGUU